AUGAGCGUGGCUGACUCUCAUCCCGUGCCUGCAGCGACUAUUGUUUACAGUCCUGGUGAUGCCGCCGCGACCAUUGUUGACAGUCCCGGUGAUGCUUCUGACUCUCCUCCUGCACCUGUAGCGACCAUUUUUUACGGUCCUGGUGAUACUGCUGAUUCUCUCUCUGCUCUUUUUGAGCAGUUGAAUAUCUCAGGGCCCAACGCAGUUGCACUGACAGUUGCCCUCUGGGAAUUCAUACAGGACACUGUCAUGGCUACAGUGCGUGAAGUUACUGUGGAGGCCACUGUCAACAUGUCACCUGUUCCCAAUGAGAUCGAUGAUUCCGCCGCUACCACAACCAGCCUGCCUGUUGACACUUUCUUAGCCACUGUGUCUGUUGAUGCCAACACAGCUAGUGUACCUGUUGGCUCUGGAGGUGUGGCUGCUAGCUCUCCUGCUGCCACUGUGCAUACCCAGGUAUAUAGGAACAUUAGAUAUGAUGUUCCCGCUCCCAACACUUCAGGGCCCUACUACUGGGUCACCUGCGGUCGCCGUGUCAGUAUCUUUUCUACUUGGCAACAGACUUCCUUGCAUGUCAUUGGUGUUAGUCGGGCUUCCUUUUCCAAGGUUCGUUCGCUUGCCGAAGGCAUGCAGCUGAUGAACAACGCAAUUGAUCGAGGGGACAUUAAGUUGUUGAUUUGA